UUUGCUUCACCGAGAAAGUUCCUGGGCCAUCAAAACAAAAACAGCGCACACACAGACAGUAGCUAAUGUCAGUGAGAGCUACUGUCGUUAGACAUAAGUCUGCUGUUUCACCAUGAUACUAAAAGCAUGUUGUAUUUACAGCAGCGGAGUUUUUUCUAUACUACUUUUGAUCUUGGGUAUUGCUUUGGUGUUGUCUAACGUGUUUCCACAUUUCCUACAGUCGAUGGUUGAAAAGGAAGUAGUUUUGAAGAAUGGCACAGAGGCAUUUGAGGCCUGGGAGAGUCCACCAGCCCCUAUUUACAUGCAGUUUUACUUCUUUAAUCUGACCAACCCCCUGGAGGUGCUGGAUGGGGAUCGGCCUGCUGUUUUGGAGAUUGGACCGUAUACAUACAGAGAGUACCGGCUUAUGGAGCAAGUGGACUUCCAGGAAAAUGGCACUAAAGUAGCAGCUGUCAACACUAAGACCUACAUAUUCCAGCGUAACAUGUCCCGAGGUCCAGAGAGUGACCUCAUGAGGACGGUCAACAUCCCUGCAAUGACGGUGAUGGAGCAAUUCAAGGACACGCCUUUAAUGGCCAAUCUGAUCUCCUCCUACAUGAAGAGCUCCGGCGAAGGCCUGUUCACCACGCACACUGUGGGAGAGCUGCUGUGGGGAUAUGAAGACACUCUGCUCAAAGCCCUCAAAAUUUUGAAACCUGACCUGGAUGUUGUUUUCGGGCUCUUCUAUAAGAGCAAUGCUUCCAACGAUGGGGAAUAUGUCUUUUUCACUGGUCAACAAAACUACAAAGACUUUGCCAGAGUGGACACAUGGAACAGUGAAAGCAAGAUGAAUUGGUGGACAUCUGAUGAGUGUAAUAUGAUCAAUGGAACCAAUGGAGCAUCUUUCCAUCCGGUCAUCACCAAGAAUGAGAUGCUCUACAUGUUCUCUUCUGACCUGUGCAGGUCUCUUUACGCUCUGUACGAGGAGGACGUGACAGUGAAGGGCAUCCCUGGGUAUCGCUUCAGUCCCCCGAGCAAGAUUUUUGCCAACCACACCGUAAACCCUGCCAACGCAGGCUUCUGUGUCCCUGCUGGAAAUUGCCUGGGCUCUGGCAUGCUGAAUGUCAGCUCAUGUAAACAAGGAGCUCCCAUCGUAAUGUCUCCACCACACUUCUACCAGGCAGAUGAGAAAUAUGUUGAGGAUGUAUUUGGCAUGAGACCUAACAAGGAGCAGCACCAAACUACGAUUGAUAUCAAUCCGCUAACCGGAAUCGUCAUUCAAGCAGCCAAACGGCUCCAGGUCAACGUGUACAUUGAGAAAAUGACCGCCUUCAGUCAAACAGGAAACGUGAGGACAGUGAUCCUCCCUGUGGUUUAUCUCAAUGAGAGCGUCGUCAUCGACGACACGUCGGCCAUGAAGCUGAAGAAGAUCGUUGUCGAGCAGAACGUCGUGGUGAACAUUCCCUUCAUGCUGAUUGGUCUAGGCAUCAUUCUGGGAGGAAUCUUCAUGUUCCUGAUGUGUCAACAGAAGGUCCCCGAGAGCACUUCAGCAGAACGACAGCCCCUGCUCACAUCAUAGCACCAAACAGUAUGUAAAAAGAACGAGGACUGCCAUAUUUGCAGUAUAAUUUAUGGGUUCAAUUGUUCUGCAAUGUUUACCAUUAACCCCCAAGUAAUAGUUCCAUUAUUAUUAUUAACUAGAAUUACACCUUUUAUUCAGUUUUUUAAUUCAAUGUUUUUAAUCAACAAAGUGAAGAGGUUUGUAACAGGGUUAAUGUCUUACACGUCAGUUGUACUGAUUAUGAAAUUUAUAAAUCUUAAAUCUUUUAAUUUUUUUUCUAAUUAUAGGAUUUUGGAUUUAAACAAUGUGCAUUGAGUAAAUUAAAUCUACCAAAUCGAAUUUGAAUUUCUGGAGAGUCUGCUCUGAACCAAUCAAAUCUCCAUGAAUUUAAGUGAAGAUAUACUGUGUGUGUGUGUGUGUGUGUGUGUGUGUGUGUGUGUGUGUGUGUGUGUGUGUGUGUGUGUGUGUGUGUGUGUGUGUGUGUGUGUGUGUGUGUGUGUGUGUGUGUGUGUGUGUGUGUGUGUGUGUGUGUGUGUGUGUGUGUGUGUGUGUGUGUGUGUGUGUGUGUGUGUGUGUGUGUACGAAAGACAGACAGAAAGCAAGAGAAGAGGGUAGUGGACGAAAUGUUCUGCAUCAAAGUCCAGAAAGUUAAUACAGCUGUUAUAAUGCAAGAGAAAUAUCCUUUUUUUUUUAAACAUCAUUUAACAUUUCACACUUUUGUAUUUUUGAAAAGUAAACAACAAGGUCAAGCUGAGCAAAACGACUGCUGGCAUAAUAUUUUAUUCUUAACGUCAUGAAUAUAUAGUGAACACGGCUUCCUUUUUAAAACCAUGUACUCUCAGUCUGUUGUAACCGCAUAUUCACAAUACAUGCAAAUAAUAUAAUGUAUAAUGUUCACAUCCAAAUAAUAACACUUCAACAAUAGCAGUAUAAAGAGCAAGUUCUUGUCUGGUGUGAAACACUGUGCAAUUCCAAAUCUUGUGUGAUUUAGAAUGUUUCUACUGACAUCACCCUAAGAUCAGUGCAUGAACAGCUUCGUGCUCGUCACACUACUGAUGCAUGUUUUGCUUUUUUCCUUUUAACCACUAGGAAUUGUCCAUGUUUUUGUAGUUCAAUUCUGCACUUUUAAACAGCGUUUUGUCAGAUUAUUAUAACUUCAUAGAAAGUUUGGAGAGAAACAAUACAUUGUUGUUUGUAUUGGGCUACAGCUGUUUAGAAUUAAAUGUAAUUGAUUUCCUGUCCUGAACUACGUACAGUAGAAUGUCACUACAAUGUGUAAUUUGCUAUUUGAAUAACCACGGUGUCACACACAUCUUGUUUGAAUGUUGUCUUGGUCUUUGUUUCAUAUGUAACAGAGAUGAUUGUUUACAAUACUACUCCUACAUAGUAAAAUUAAUAUGUAAUAACUGUUUACAUACUCUCAAUAGGUCACAUAUCUCACAAUUUGCUCAUUGUCUUGGUAUUUGUUAUAUCUUCAAUAAACCUGCUGUGCUUCAUA